UUCCAAGCAAACUUUGGGGGUCCUUUCUGCAAAACUCAAUUCUUAUUUUUCAAGGGUUCUUCACUCGCACUUUCACUUUCGCCAGCAGCCCCCAUUCCUGAAUCCUGAUAGUGAUCGACAGAGAGCAUCUCAGAAGCAUUUUCUCGCACCUAAAAAAAUGUUGUUCUUCUCGUAUUUCAAGGAUUUGGUAGGCAGAGAAGUGACCGUGGAAUUAAAGAACGACUUAGCAAUUAGAGGCACUCUUCACUCGGUGGAUCAGUAUCUCAACAUUAAGCUCGAGAACACUAGGGUUGUCGAUCAAGACAAGUACCCCCAUAUGCUUUCAGUUCGGAACUGCUUCAUCAGAGGAUCCGUAGUUAGGUAUGUCCAAUUGCCACCUGAGGGAGUUGAUGUUGAACUGCUUCAUGAUGCUACCCGAAGAGAAGCUCGGGGCGGUUAGUUCUCUGUGUCUCCAACCUGUAUGUUAUGAAUUCGAAGAAGUAGUAGACUCUUCAUUGGAAAACUUGGAGACCUUUUUUUCUGUAUUAUUCUGAAAUAUCUUGCCGUUGUGGUAAUCAUUGGAAAGUAGAGUAAGUCAGCAUUGAGGAAUGUGAUGGGGGCUAUGGAGACGCUAAAUAUUGAAAUUUGUUAGCAUGACUAUGAUAUAGUUGAGAGUAUACUCUCUUCUUGCAAGCUCGUGUACCAUAAACUUGAAGAGUGGCUAUGUGGUUAUAUGAUUGUUUGACGGCACUCCUGGGAAAA